AUGCCGAUUUUAUUCUCGGUUGUGGCGUGGGGUCCGUACGUACUUGCCAAAUACGCAUCGUUCGUUGGAAGUGACCGAUCAGAUUUUGCCGUGCAUCGCACCAGACGACUCCAAGCUCACAUACUCUCAUGGCAACUUCCUCAUUCAAUACAUCGCAUAAGAUGGCAUCGUUUACCUUCGGAUCACCGACGACAGCAUUUGCGUUUCAUUGGGAUUGUGAGCGCUCACGUGCUUUCUGUUCCUUGGCGAGAUCAAGAAGCGGUUCAAGUUACAUAUGGGCCUCAGGUGCUCACUACGUUGCCCUUUGCCAUGAAUUCUGAGUUUUCUCGGGUUUCGGUGAACGAAAUGAAACAUUGUUCUGAAUCAAAAGACGCGGACACGAUUUCGAAAUUCUACGGGGAAUUAGAUGAGCUGAAGGAAAUUAUGGUUCAGAACGGCGAUAGUCUCGCACAUAGGGAAGAACGGUUGGAGCUGCCUGUGAACUCUGUUGCCUUAUUAACGACAAGCCGGAAUCUCCGUCAGGCCAUGUGGUGGAAAAGCAUGAAAGUAACCAUCUUCAUCACUCUCCUUGUUGACGUAAAGAAGCUGGAACUUCUUUACUUCGCGUCUCCUUCGUGUCGUGCAGGUGUUAGAUCGAGCAUAAGGCCACAAUGUGGUGUAAUCCACAUUGUGGAUUUAUGGCCCAAGUGUGUUAUGGAAGAGGCUGUUGAAGUUGAAGAAAUUGUAUGGCAGAUUGUCGAGACUACAAGAUAUUUGGAGCUGGAAGCAGAUGAUUCAGAGGAGCUGAUAGAAGAGCAUGCGGAGGAGCUGAUGGAAGAACAUGCAGAGGAGCUUACAAUGGUAGAGCUGAAUGAAUUGAACAAGAGGAAACAGAGAAAGCUAUUUCUUCAGGGGAGGAGGAAGAAAACAACACAAAAGGACCCAUGCCGAAUGCUCCAAUGGAAGAACAUAAGGCCACAAUGUGGUGUAAUCCACAUUGUGGAUUUAUGGCCCAAGUGUGUUAUGGAAGAGGCUGUUGAAGUUGAAGAAAUUGUAUGGCAGAUUGUCGAGACUACAAGAUAUUUGGAGCUGGAAGCAGAUGAUUCAGAGGAGCUGAUAGAAGAGCAUGCGGAGGAGCUGAUGGAAGAACAUGCAGAGGAGCUUACAAUGGUAGAGCUGAAUGAAUUGAACAAGAGGAAACAGAGAAAGCUAUUUCUUCAGGGGAGGAGGAAGAAAACAACACAAAAGGACCCAUGCCAAAUGCUCCCAUGGAAGAAGUUUGUAGAGAUGGGAAAAUUGUAUGGACACUGUCAUGAAAUGGCAUCUGGACAAGACAGAGAUCUUAGUUUCAGUGGAGAUGCUGCCAAAUGUACAAGUAACACUUCAGUUCAAAGAAUAAACGUUACAAAAACGACUGCAUCAACCAGCAAGAAUUCCAAUAAUAACUCAAAUGUGGCGCCGAAUUCUGUAAGGGUGACUGGAACCAAUAAUUCUCUGUCUGUAUCAAUGGGCCAGUCUUCAAGUGCAAUUCUCCCUCUCCUUGCUGGAAAUGGAGUCCCAGAUUCUGCUACAGCAAAGAGUAAUUCAUCUGGUGCUGUUCCUCAAGCAUUGCCAGUUCCAGUUGGCAAUGAAACCAGCGUAGUUGCGGUAGGAAAAUCG